AUGUUGGCCAACAAAUGCUCUCAGGUCUGGUCCUGCGCACUGUCCGGGUUUGCGACGACGGUUUGCCUCCAACCCUUCGACCUGCUCAAGACCCGCCUACAACAGGGUGAUGGCAAAGCCAGGCUACCACAGGUUCACUCCUCCCUCAUUCUGAGCACAACACGCGAUAUCAUUGCGAAAAAUGGUCUGCGCGGCCUGUGGCGAGGUACAUUCCCCUCUCUCGUUCGAAAUGUUCCUGGUGUUGCGCUUUAUAUGACCAGUCUCACACAACUGCGUACAUUCCUUGCACGCACACCUUACUUUGCUCUGGUCAAGAAAUACCCUGACGGAGCAACCGUUAACAAGAACGGUUCUGUCCUUCCCAGUCUUACAAGCCAAGGAAACCUUAUGGCAGGCGCAACGACGCGUGUCGCAGUUGGUUUCUUGCUCAAUCCGUUCUCCGUGCUCAAAGCGCGCUUUGAAAGCAACAUUUACGCAUACCAAAGCUUCUCCGGCGCGCUCCUGUCCAUUACACGGCAAGGUCCCUCCGAACUCCUGCGCGGGUUUCUCGCGUCUUCACUACGCGAUGCCCCAUAUGCCGGCCUUUUUAUGGUGUUUUAUGAAGGGAUCAAAGGCGAAGCUUCAUAUCUCAUGCCGGCCUCGUCUAGCAGCCACGCUGCGCUGAUCCACAGCGUGUCCGCCGCGUCCGCAGGCGCAAUCGCGACUCUUGCGACCCACCCCUUUGAUGUCAUCAAGACAAAAGUCCAAGUACGCUCUGAGGAUCGGUACCAUGGGUUCUUCCGUACGAUUGGUACCAUAUGGACACAACGCGGCAUAGCGGGAUAUUUCGACGGCGCUUCGCUUCGGCUAUCUCGAAAAGUCUUGAGCUCAGCAAUUGGCUGGGCAGUAUACGAAGGCGUCUUGAUGUUCAUGCGGACUACAUAA